ACCACGAAAUCGUCGAAUGAAACCAAGUAAACAUCUUCCAGAAGAAGCCAUUACAAUAAUGAAUGAAUGGUUUGAAAAAAAUGUUGAUAAUCCUUAUCCAAAUGUUAAUGAACGUUUUGAAUUAGCAAAAAAUGGUGGAAUUACUGAAGCACAGGUCAAAGCUUGGUUUUCAAAUAAACGAAAUCGUACACAAAAUACACAUCCAAAACGUGCCAAACGAAAUAUGAUUAAAAACAAUUAUUUGAAUUAUUAUCAUAAUUAUACGACGACAACAUCAUCAUCGAACACAAUGACAGAAUCACUUAAUAAUUGGACAAUACCGGAUGAAAAUUCUAGCGUUAAUAAAAUUCAUAUAGCGGAUAAAAUUGAAAAAUUAGUUUAUGAACGUUUAAACGAUGAAACAAAUUUACAUUCACCUCAUCGAUUACCGACACCUCCAGUUGAACUGAAGACAUGCGAAAAUAUUAGUGAUAAUUCUUCUGAACGUUAUUCCUGUCCGUCUUCUAUUUGUUAUACACAAUCAUUCACUUCACCAACAUUACCACCGCUCACCUCUUAUUCUCACAACAUUCCAUUUGAUAAUUUAUCACCAUCAUCAUCAUCAUUUUAUUUUUGUCCAUUGUCUAUUACUUACGAUAAUAACAAUUUUUUUAACCAGUUCUAUUAG